UAUUGCUGAGAACCUCCUUCUGCAUCUGAAUCCUGUGUAUCCAUUUCUCUGGUGGAUUCUCCAACAGAAGCAACAAGACAGAAUGGCGAGUCAGGGAUUAGAAAUCCUGGGUGUCACGUUAGCAACUCUGGGCUGGCUAGUUGGCAUUGUCUCGUGCGCCUUGCCCAUGUGGAGGGUGACGGCCUUCAUCGGAUCAAACAUCGUGACGGCGCAGGUCAUUUGGGAGGGAAUCUGGAUGAACUGUGUGGUGCAGAGCACGGGCCAGAUGCAGUGCAAAGUCUACGACUCCAUGCUGGCUUUGUCCCAGGAUCGGCAGGCGGCUCGGGCACUGUGUGUGAUCUCCAUAUUGCUGGGCGUGCUGGGAAUCUUGGUUUCGGUCGUAGGGGCCAGAUGUACCAACUGCAUUGAGGAGGAAGCCACCAAGGCUAAGAUAAUGAUUGCUGCUGGAGUGACGUUCAUCUGUGCAGCAGUCAUGCAGCUCAUCCCUGUGUCCUGGUCGGCCCACACUAUCAUCAUGGACUUCUACAACCCUUUGAUUACCGAAGCCCAGAAACGGGAGAUGGGCGCUUCUCUAAAGCAGUGCGCGUCCACAACCAUGUCUGUCGGGUUGGAGCUCAUCGGGAUCACGUUGUGCGUGCUGGGAUGGCUUCUCGCCAUCGUCUCCUGCGCCCUGCCCAUGUGGAGGGUCACGGCCUUCAUCGGCUACAACAUCGUGACGGCGCAGGUGAUCUGGGACGGCCUUUGGAUGAGCUGCGUGGUUCAAAGCACCGGUCAGAUGCAGUGCAAGGUCUACGACUCCAUGCUUUCGCUUUCCCAGGAUCUCCAAGCAGCCCGGGCCCUCACCGUCAUCUCCAACCUGUUGGUCAUCCUAGCCGUGCUGGUGUCCGUCGCAGGGGCUAAAUGUACCAACUGCAUCGAGGAUGAAUCAUCCAAGGCCAAAGUCAUGAUCGUGGCUGGUGUUAUUUUCAUCGUGGCCGGCAUCAUGCAGCUGGUUCCCGUCUGCUGGUCUGCAAACACUAUCAUCAGGGACUUCUAUAAUCCGUUACUGAGCGACGCGCAGAGAAGGGAGCUCGGGGCUUCGCUCUACAUCGGCUGGGCUGCCACGGCUCUUCUAAUUAUGGGUGGAUUGCUGCUGUGUUGCUCUUGCCCACCACCAAGGGUGACUUAUUCUGCACCACGCUCUUCAGUAACGCCAGCGUAUGACAGAAGAAACUACGUCUGAGUUGCAAAAUGAGAUGGACUGUUUUAUGUUAGGUUUUGUUUCCAGACAAGGGUACAUAAGUGCCCUCUCAGACUCCAUUAUGAAGGAGAAUGUUUGACUUUUUAUUUAUCGAAUGCCUAAAAAGAUUUUUUGGACUUUUGAUUUAUUGUGUGUAUUAUUGUGGCUCAUGAUCAAAACGUGAUGGCACAUGACUAGAAGAGUAUUUCAUUUUUAUACAAUCUUAAUUCUCAAUUACUUUGAUGAGCAGUGUGUAUUUUAUUGUAGAAUACUGUAUACGUGCAGUGUAAGAUUAUCCAUACUUGUGUAUACUGUAGUGUGGGAAAAGAACUAGACAACUGAGAGGAUCGUGAAUAGCUCUUUGUUGGCAGUGAAGCAAAAAGGAACGUUUGGAUCAUGCUGUCUCUACACUACACUGGAAGAUACUGUUCUGCAGUUUUUAUGGUGCAUUUCUGCUCCUUGCAGAAAGAAACUAAACCUUUAAUUGAUUUCAAUUGUAUUUGGUUUAAUGUACAUCUGAAGUGUAAUAAUACCGUGUUAAUAAAUUUUGUU